AUGAGCGGCCCCCGGGAACUAGCGGGGGAGCUGGCCCGGUUCUACACGGUCACCGAGCCCCAACGCCACCCCCGGGGAUACACCGUGUAUAAGGUCACCGCACGGAUUGUUUCAAGAACAAAUCCAGAGGAAGUCCAGGAGAUAGUCGUUUGGAAGAGAUACAGUGACUUUAAGAAACUGCACAAAGAUCUCUGGCAAAUUCAUAAAAACGUAUACAGGCAUACAGAAUUGUUUCCGCCUUUUGCCAAAGCAAUAGUAUUUGGGCGGUUUGAUGAAUCUGUGAUUAAAGAAAGAAGACAAUGUGCUGAAGAUCUGCUGCAGUUUUCUGCCAACAUCCCUGCUCUAUAUAACAGCAAACAGUUUGAAGACUUUUUUAAGGGUGGUGAGGUGCAUGAUGGGUCUGAAUUGAUUGGGCCUGUAGAGCCUUUAUCUGAUUCCCUGAUUGACAGCUUAUCUGACUGCAGUUCUGAAGUUCAAAAGGAUUUAAGUGGACUCGAUGAUGUGAUGCUUACCAGCCAAUCGGAAUGUGGAGGUUUCUCCAGUGAUAGUGACCUCAUCUCUUUGACAGUCGAUGUAGACUCUCUUGCCGAAUUAGAUGAUGGAAUGGCAUCCAACCAAAAUUCUCCCAGUGGAGCUUUUGGUCUCAUCCUUGCUUCAGAAUCCUUAGGACAAGGUGCUAUAGCUUAUGAUUGUGAGUGGAGCAAACCUGAAGGCGAGAGGGAGAGCGAGAGCCGUAGUCUGUUUACUGGGAGCUUAAGACACAAGCUUGGCAAACAUGAUUACUUGGAGAAAGCGGGGGAGCUGAUAAAGCUGGCCUUGAAGAAGGAGGAAGAAGAAGAUUAUGAAGCUGCCUUUAGCUUUUAUCGGAGAGGGGUCGAUCUGCUCCUGGAAGGUGUUCAAGGUGAGUCAAGUCCAACUCGUCGAGAAGCAGUGAAGAGGAAGACUGCAGAAUAUCUAAUGCGUGCUGAAAAAAUUUCCAGCCUAUACCAGAAAUCCUUCUCUGAAGAUGGAUCAGUUUCUGGGCCUCCAGGAUCACUAAGUUCAAGGCCCUCUUGGAACCUAAGGAGCCCUGCCGAGGAACUGAAGGCCUUCAGAGUCCUUGGGGUGAUUGACAAGGUUUUACUUGUAAUUGAUACUAGAACACAGCAGACUUUUAUACUGAAAGGUCUAAGGAAAAGUAGUGAGUACAGCAGGAACAGAAAGACCAUCAUUCCCCGCUGUGUGCCCAACAUGGUGUGUCUGCACAAGUACAUCAUCUCUGAGGAGUCUGUAUUUCUUGUGCUGCAGCAUGCAGAAGGAGGCAAACUGUGGUCUUACAUCAGUAAAUUCUUAAACAGAAGCCCCGAAGAAAGCUUUGAAAUCCAUGAACUCAAAAGUUCUACUAAAAUUCACCUGCAGCUGCCAACCCCUAGCCCUACAGAAAUCAGCAGUAGUGUUGACUCCAGAGGAAGCAAUGGGGGGAACAUGCUGAGAGUUAUACCACUGAAGAGCAGCCUUACACCAAGUUCUCAAGAUGAGAGUAGUAACCAGGAAGAUGGCCAAGAAGGUUCUCCCAAAUGGACAGAUUCUGGGUCAAGUUCAGAAGAAGAAUGCACUACUAGUUAUUUAACAUUAUGCAAUGAAUAUGGACAAGAAAAAAUUGAUCCUGGCUCUUUAAAUGAGGAACCCGUGCUGAAACCAGAGGAAGAAGAUCUUAAAACCAAAGAGUUAGGAUGCUUACAGGCACAUACUUUAGUUGGCAAUGAUAGCUUCAGCUCUCAGAUCACCUCUCGGGAGCUAAAGUUUUUCACUGAAGAUGCUGACCUGGAAGUACUUAGUCCUACUAGGAUAUCUGACUCAUUAAGUAAAUCCAAGCACAGCCCUAUGGAAUUCUUCAGAAUAGACAGUAAAGACAGCACCAGUGAACUUCUGGGGCUUGAUUUUGGAGAUAAAUUGUAUAGCUUAAAAUCAGAAUCUUUAAAGCCAUUUUUUUCUGCACCAGAUCAUGACAGGAGUCUUGAAACCAUGGAAAGCAAGGUGGGCUUUAGAGCCCAGGACACAAUAAGCCGGGGUUCCAAUGACUCUGUGCCGGUAAUUUCUUUUAAGGAUGCUGCUUUUGAUGAUGUAAGUAGUGCUGAUGAAGGAAGGCCUGAUCUUCUGAUAAAUUUACCUGGUGUGUCUGAGAAACUGGAAGAAGCACCAGUGGUUAGGCCAAAAAAGCUUACAAAGACUGAUGUAAACAUCUUGGAAAGCAAACUGUUAGAAACCCCUGAUGUCUUACAAUUAAAUAAUAGUACAGAGCAAUGCAAAGCACUUGAUCAAAAGUUGAAUCAUGUGGUGCCAGAAUUGGGCCAUCCUUCUAGCAAGGAAUCAGCAGGACAAUAUGAUGUCACUCAGGAAAUUGUCAGGACACUAUUUACGUCUGAUAUUGACCUGGCUAGUUCAGAAGACAUGGCUCAGUUUCAAGGACUCGGAGCAAUUUCUUCCUCAUCGUUAAAUGCAACAAGCACAGAAGAAAAUUUCUUAUUUAUUUCUAACCCACUCUCAGGUGCUAAAGAGUAUAGCUUAGAUGGCAGCAUUGUAAGAAAUCAAGCAGUGUUGCUAUUUUCUGAUCAAAUGGAAGACUUUGGUAAAGAGAAAACAAACCCUGCUCUCUUACCAAAAGCUGAAAGCAAAGAGACGGGAGUGGAGGGCAAGAGUGAAAUAGCACUAGAAGGAGAGAAGGAAAUACAUCAAAUUUUUCAGGACCUCGACAAAAGACUAGCACUAACCUCCAGAUUUUACAUCCCAGAGGGCUGCAUUCAAAGAUGGGCAGCUGAAAUGGUUGUAGCCCUUGAUGCUUUACAUAGAGAAGGAAUUGUGUGCCGCGAUUUGAACCCAAACAACAUCUUAUUGAAUGAUAGAGGACACAUUCAGCUAACGUAUUUUAGCAGGUGGAGUGAGGUUGAAGAUUCCUGUGACAACGAUGCCAUGGAGAGAAUGUACUGUGCCCCAGAGGUUGGAGCUAUUCUAGAAGAGACAGAAGCUUGUGAUUGGUGGAGUCUAGGUGCCAUUCUCUUCGAACUCCUCACUGGAAAGACUCUAGCCGAGUGUCAUCCAGCAGGAAUAAACACUCACACUUCUUUGAACAUGCCAGAUCACGUAUCCAAAGAGGCCAGAUCACUCAUUCAGCAGCUUUUGCAGUUUAACCCUGUGGAGCGUCUUGGUGCUGGAGUUGCAGGUGUUGAAGACAUCAAAUCUCAUCCGUUUUUUGCCCCUGUAGAUUGGGCAGAUCUUUUGAGAUGA